CAUGGCUAGCAGCAUGGAAACCAGUGUUGUAGAAGCCAUUAAUGGCCUCUUCCUCCUCUCCUCAGCUUACCUAGUCUUCAUGAUGCAGCUUGGCUUUGCCAUGCUUUGUGCUGGCUCAGUUAGAGCCAAAAACACCAUGAAUAUCAUGCUCUCCAAUGUGAUAGAUGCAGUUGUGGGCUCACUUAGCUACUAUCUCUUUGGCUUUGCCUUGGCCUUUGGGUCCCCCUCAAACCCCUUCAUUGGAACCAAGAGCUUUGCCCUAGAGUCAGGGUCCAUAGACUACUCCUAUUUCUUGUACCAAUGGGCCUUUGCCAUAGCUGUGGCUGGGAUCACUAGUGGCUCCAUAGCUGAGAGAACCCAAUUUGGAGCUUACUUGGUUUACAGUUUUUGGCUAACUGGGUUUGUUUACCCAGUUGUUGCACACUGGGUAUGGUCUAGUGAUGGUUGGCUUAAUACUGCCUAUGGUGGUGGUGGCGGCGGCGGCCCUUUGUUGGGUUCGGGGGCCAUUGAUUUUGCGGGGAGUGGUGUGGUGCACCUAGUGGGUGGUGUGGCCGGGUUGUGGGGGUCGGUGAUCGAGGGGCCGCGGGUCGGGAGGUUUGACGCAUUUGGGGGGGUGGUGCCUAUGCGUGGCCACAAUGCAACAUUGGUGGUGCUCGGGACUUUCUUGCUUUGGUUUGGGUGGUUCGGGUUCAAUCCCGGGUCGUUCAUCACGAUCAUGGGAAAUGUAACUGGGGUGGCUCGAACAGCUUUGACCACCACACUCGCUGGCUCAACCGCUGGCCUUGUCACACUAUUUGGAAAGCGCAUCCUGGUCGGUCACUGGGAUGCCCUUGAUGUGUGCAACGGCCUCAUAGGUGGGUUUGUAGCAAUAACAUCAGGGUGUGCAGUGGUUGAUUUGUGGGCAUCGGUGGUAUGUGGAUUCGUGGCUGCUCUAGUCUUGAUCUGUCUCAAUAUACUGGCAUUGAAAUUCCAGUACGACGAUCCUCUCGAAGCCGCUCAACUACACGGAGGCUGCGGAGCUUGGGGAGUAUUAUUCACAGGGUUAUUUGCUAAAGAAGAAUUUGUUCUGCAAGCUUACGGCAGCAAAGGAAGCGAAACUCGACCUUACGGAGUUAUAAUGGGUGGUGGAUGGCAGUUGCUUGGCUCGCAGAUAAUUGAAAUUCUCGUGAUUGUGGCUUGGGUGAGUGUCACAAUGGGACCAUUGUUUUUCUUGCUUCAUAAGCUGAGGAUGCUGAGAAUUUCUAGGGAUGAAGAAGUUGCAGGACUUGAUGUUUCUCACCAUGGGGGUUAUGCUUACCAGGCUCAUCAUGAUGAUGAAGAACCUCGAUUCUAUGCAGACUAUGUUAGGAUGCAAAUGAAUUCAAACUCUUAGUUAUCAUCUAGUUUUUUUAUGGGGAUUGGCCUAGUGGCACAAGGGAGACUGUCCAAAGUUCACAUCCAAGAUUAUUCACACCUCAAAAAAAAGUCCUAAGCCAAGUAUCACUUCUAUGAGAGGUUUGUCUUAUAAGUCAUUAUUUUUCCUACCCCAACUUUUAAAGCGAUUUUAUACUAUAAGACCAUUUACAACUGUUGCAUGCUCACGAUCAUCGGUACCGUCUGAUAUGAACAAUCGCUUCUAAUUAUCAAAUAUGAAAUCAAGCGGCUAAAGGUGUAUCAGGAAGUUUCAGAAAAAAUUUACUAGACUUUUGAGUAUAGUGAUCAGCACACUUCCAACUGCGUGAUU